GUAAGCUAUUCCGCAAGCCCAAUCCGAGUCCCGGCCCAAGUCUCACCGGCAUUUCUUUGCAGCUUGCAGCAACGUGACGGGAAAUACGGAAGCUCCCAGAAGCAGGAGCUGGGGAUCAUCUUCUUCUCCCGCUUAAACCCUAAACCCUUCCACUCGUUUCACUGCUCUAUCUGCCUCUCCUACUGUAAAAUAAUCGGAAUGGCACUAACUCGACAUCUGAGGAAAAUCCUUCCAUCAUCUCCUAAAUCCCUACCUUUCUCCCAACAAGUUCUCGAACAAUGCCACCGCCCACAAAACCCCAAUUCGAUUCUCGCUGGACUAAUUCAAUCCAACGCAUUGGGCAUCUCGCGAACCCCCCACACCAGAACUUAUAUGUCCGAAAUGCGCAAAUCCGCCUUCCAGGACAAAAUGCUCAGGCUUCUGAGGAACGAGAUUCAGUACGAGCUCGAUCACUUCCCCCCAAAGCAGCCUGUAACCAGUUUUGGCCCGUUCAUCCUGGUUGACAAACCAGGGGAGCAAUGGAUUAGGCUGAAGAGGACAUUUUCUGCAGAUGAAGAUAUCAAAGUUGAAGCAAGCAUGUUUGAUGCUGCUAUACCGGCUCCAAAAUCAAGUGGUGUUGACUCGAAGGAAAAUGUUCAACUUCACAUCACUAUGGUUGUCAAUAUAUCUAAGCCUGGGGAUGAUGAUGUUCUAGAGAUAAUGUGCUCUGCCUGGCCAGAUACCAUUGAAAUUACAAAAGUCUUCAUACGGAGCACGAAGAAUAUGCCAGCAAAGCCUUAUGUUGGUCCUGAUUUCAAGGAAUUGGAUGAUGAGCUUCAAGACUCGCUUUACGAGUUCUUGGAGGCAAGGGGCAUCGGCGAUGAGAUUGCAGUUUUCUUGCAUGAAUAUGUGAAGAACAAAGGUAAAACAGAAUACAUCAGGUGGAUGGAUACUGUGAAGUCAUACAUGGAGAAGUCCUAGAGCCGAUCAAUCCUUAGUAGGUCUAUAGAGUUGGUUCAGUUGCAGAUUUGUCUUUUGUUUUCGCUGUCCAAUCGCGUGAUGACUUUGUACUAUCGAAUCAACUGCUCUUUGUAAGUUUCCUGCUAUUUGUUUUGAGGAGUCUAGCUCCAACAUUCAAAUUCGAGCCAUUGGUAUAGCACUGCCGAAGUAAAUAUGACCAGUUACAGUUAAAACACAGCAUUGCUUGUAUUCAAUAAGCUGUAUGAAUAUAUGACUCUUGAGAAAGACUACAAUUUUUGGGUUUCUUUUGAUGCAACUGAGCAGUCACAGACGAACCCUUUUUGAAUUUGCAUGCGUUCGGGGUUGAUGUAAUGUUUUUAUUUAAGGUGGAAGUCAAUUCUGGAGAUGCUGAAUCAGAAGUGACAGGAAGCAGAUUUUUACUGUUUGUAUGAUCAUCCGUG